AUGGGCGAACCCGACACGAGAAGAUCGUCUCGAGCGCGAACAGCCCAAUCACAACCACAAGCGCCAUCCAGCUCGUCGAGCACCUCAGGACGCGCUGAGCGGACUUCCAGAUCCUCAACCAACAAAACCUCCUCCCCCCAGCUGACCACGCCCGCCCCCUCCACCACCGCCUCGGAGCCGCCCGACGACGCGAGCGUGAACGGCACCGAGACCGUCGUGCGCACCCUGCGGAGCCGCGCCAGGGACGGCAACAACAGCGACCGAGACAGGGCCACCGCUCCCAGUGCCGAUAGCGCCGACAUGGCCUCGAGCGAAAACGAUAUGCAGGACGAUGACGAGUCCGUCCGCUGCAUUUGUGGCUUCGACGAAUACCCCGGGCCUCCUGUGCUCAAAGACGAUCCUAAGAACCCCUCCAAGGACGCCGUCGAUAUCGAUCCGUUCUUGGCUGCCGAUGUCCCGGACGAGGUCGCCGGCUUUUUCCUGCAGUGCGAUGUUUGCAAGGUCUGGCAACACGGCGGCUGCGUCGGCAUCUUGAAUGCCGCGUCCAGUCCCGAGGAGUAUUUUUGCGAAGAGUGCCGAAAGGACCUACACAAGAUCUCAACAGCCAGCAAUGGCCAACGAUACUCUCACUACCUCCCAGUCAGCCGUCAAUCCCGGUCAACCUCGCGGCAGACGGCUCCUAGAGAAAAGGAAGGCGCCAAGUCUCCCAAACCAAGAGAGGCGAGAAGUGGCAAAUCAGCGCCCGCGCUGGCGAGCUCCAAGCGGCGGUCGACUCUAAAUAGCCGAGGCGUCUAUGACGAGGAGGAAGAGCUGCGACGAGCCAUCGAGGCUAGCAAAGAAGAUGCGCCUCCGGAUGAGCAAGAGGCGGCGGGGGCUAGAAGACCCAAGAGAGGCCGCAGUAACAGUGAAGAGAAACCCGAGGCCACCAAGCGCCAGCGGACGAGUUCAAGAUCACCCUCACCAGCAGAUGAAUCGGCUAUACAGGACGAUUCGGAUGAGGCGCCGGUACGGAACGGGUCAAACAAGAACAAAACUCGCAUCGCGGUCGUGCGCAACCAGCGGGAGAAGACGGAGAAGGAGGAGCGCGAGAAGCAGAAGGUCGAGGCCGCGAACAAGCGCAAGAGCCGGGCCGAGCGCCGACGGGCCGAAGACUCUGACCCAUCAGAAGAAACACCACUCGUAACGCGGGUAGUGGUGCGGUCCGAGAUACCACCGCCCCCUCCUCCUCGGAACAUCUCACCACCGCAGCCAACGCCAGACAAACCCGAGAAGAACACGGCAUCGAAGGCGAAAAAGCAAGGCUCCCGGAAAAAGGGUCGGAACCAAUACACCAAGGACAGAGACCGGUCUCCGGGGAGAUCGCAGUCGCGCGAUGUUCCGGAUCAAGGUUCGGGCAACGCUAACUCGAGACCACGAAACGCUCGAAGCCACGCCAAACAGGACAAAGAUAGAGAAAUGUCCUGGAUUGAUAUGGAGCGGCGCAUUGCCUACUGGACCGACUUUGCGCAGAGGGUUGAGCAGGAUAUUGGCGUCGAACGCGACCCCGCGCCGCAGGACAAGGGCAGCGAGAGCAAGGAGACGGAGAAAGAAAGCGACAAGAGCAAGGAGGCGGAUAAGGAGAAGGCUGCGUCGGUCAACGGCCACGACGCACCUGCCCUUCCCCCCCCUGCCGGCGCAGCCCCAGUGAAUGGAGGCUCACCUUUGAAAAACGUCGUUGUCGGUCCAGGAGCGGCUGGCAACGCGCCGACGAUUGCCAUCACGAAUGGCGAGGCGCCAGAGGACAGGAAAAAGAAGGAUGACGACAUGAACAUCCACGCAAGGCUCGACUUUAUCAAAAACAGGAUCAAGUCGUGGCACACAACAUACGGCGUCGAGACGAGGUCAUAA